AUGAUUUUCAGUGAAGAAAUACAAGCAUCGCCUUCAGACUCCAUUCCAAUAGUUUUCACUGUUCGAGAAAAACAAAGGGACAAUCGAAUUCUUUUUAAUGCUGAACUGAUAGCAGGAUUAGGAUUAACAGUUAAAACAUCACGAGGCAAAACAAUUAUGGAUUUAAGGCUACUAGGGAAUUCUUGUAAAUGUAUGGGCAAAAUACUGCAUCCUGCUGGUGCGACGGUUUAUAAGAUCGAAAUCGAAGAUGGCCUUUCCAUUGGUAAUGGAUGGAAAAUUAUGAAGAAUGGGGGAACCUACAUCAGAUUUGUUAAUACUCCUCUAAUUGAGAUAUUUGGCCGUUUGAAAGUUAUAUUAAGCUGUUUUCAUUGUAUAAGCAGUGAUUAUUCUUUGGAUUUUUUCAAUCAGAACAAUGAGAAUAUAGCAUUUAUGAGGCCAUCGCUAUGCACGAAGGCUGAAUCGGUUGUUUUACAAUUUAGUGAUAGUAUAUCUGCACAAGAAAGAAUGGCCGUGCUUGGUAGUUGUCUCCUUUUCAUGACUGUAACGGUUUUUCCGAUAUAUGGGGAAAUUUUAGGAAAAAGCUUAUGCUGA